AUGUAUGAUGACUCGGGCACCUCGGACGUCGAGCACGCAGACAUCGAGUGCUUCGCGGCGCUGCCCAACGACACAGCCCAAGCCACCGGGUUGACGGAGAAUGCCGUGCGGAAGACUAUCAGAGACAACCAAGUCACAACCGACGUGGUGAAGUACAUACGUUUCACAAAUGUCCCACCAGCCGUUGCCGACAAGUUUUCUCGGUGCAAUACUCGGCAGAUGUUCAAUCCCUGUACUGUGCACACAGCCGAGAGAACAGGCUCGAUCUGCCUACUCGAGCCUACAGUCCACCGACUGACUGAAGCUGCGAAUACCGAGCCGUCAAUUGCUCAUGGCACCUCUUCUGAAGCUGCCAUAUCCUGA